ACCGGUGAUGAUGGUGGUGUUGGUAGUGGUGCUGAUGGUGGUGGUAGUGGCGGUGAUGUUUUUGGUCGUAGUGGUGGUGGUGGUGCCAGUGGUGGUGAUAGUGUUGGUAGUGGUGAACUUGAUGAUCACAACACCUAUGUAAUGAGUAAUUUACUUCGUUCUAGUUUCGAUCUGUUGUGUAUUUCUGCGCUGUUUCAAGUUUGUGAUAAUGCCCACUAUUAG